AUGCCAGCAUCGAAGAAAAAGAAAGCGGAUCCGUGUGAUGAUUGGGAGGAACAAGACUACGAUAGUCCGACCAACGAUUCAGGCCCGAGUCCUACCUCUGAUCGCCCUUCUCCAUCAAACGCGCUGCCAUCCAAUCAUCAGCCUGUCUCCUCUUCAUCUAACAUUCAUUCAGAUGCCCCUCCUGAUCCAAUCGAAAUCGAAAACUCUCUUGUGUGGAAUAAUGCAAAUCGGAACCCUCAGUAUGUGAUCCUUCCUGCCAAUGCAGCACAUUCAGCGGUCACAGCCAACCGCCCAUUAGUUCAGGAGACGAUGUUUGGGAAGGCCAAAGUGACGAUUCUGAAGCGACCGAAAGCCGAAUCUACGAACAGGUCAUCGAACAAUUCGAAUUCCUCUUCGUCUUCAAACCUGAGUAUCAGUUUACGAGAGAAGGCGUAUUCGGAAGCCCGGGAGAGGAUCUUUGGUUCAUCUGCCUCCAGCUCCGAUGACCAGUCGCCUUCCAAGCCACCCAACAAGCUCAAACCAACCCCUCCUCGGAUCUCACGCGAUCCUUCCUCCCAAGCCAAUCCCGUCGCAAUUCAACGUCAACCCAAUGGUCCUGCAUCCUCAGAUCAGAAAGGCUUCAAUUCUCGUCAAAAAUCCAUUCCCACCUGA